AUGGCUGGAGGAGGCAUUCUCCCCUCCCUGCCCACACUGACUGUACUUGUUCCCCUUCUGUCCCUAGCAGGCUUGUUCUACUCAGCCAGCGUUGAUGAAACCUUCCCACAGGGCUGCACCAGCGCUAACAGCUUAUGCUUCUACAGCCUCCUCCUUCCAGUUACAAUACCAGUGUAUGUAUUCUUCCACCUGUGGACCUGGAUGGGAAUUAAGCUUUUCCGGCACAACUAGUGUGAUGCAUUUGCUAACCUUUGGGCUUGAGGGAACUUGAGAUCCCCUUCUGGCACUGGUGACUGCCAUUUCCCUGGUAGUAUCAGAAACUGCAUGAAGUCAUCUGCAGCAGCCUAUUACUUAAUUACUGCCAAGGCAAAUAGGAGGCAGUAUUCUGUCCAGUGCAUCCCCCCAAGAGCAUUGUGUGUUUGUAGUGGCACUAAGGAAAAUCUAAAAUAACAAUAACAACAUUCAGCAAUGAGUUUCUCUUUGAAUUACAGCCUUUGUUUUUUGUUUUGAACUGACAGUGUGUAUUGAAAUGUAUUUGUUUCACUGUCAAGGGAACAUAAAUUAGGCUGAAGUUUAAGAAUAAAGCUUGAGUUAAAUGAA